UGCGCCACUGCUGCUGCUCCACAUAUUGAUAUCUGGUUAUCAGUUUAUCGCUUAUCGAUUAUUUCCAUCUGUUGAAAGCCACAUUUCAUUGCGCGCGCAGCGCGGAGGAGAUGAGCGGCCGGACAGCAGCGCGCGCCUGCCGCCCCUGAGCCGCUCAGACGACGGGCCUGACAGCGGAACGUGCAGCGAGGCUGUGCGCGUCCACGUCCGUCCCGUGGCGGCGUCAUGGCGGACAUCGCUGUGGGCGGCGGCUCUGCCUGGGUCUGUCGGGGUCAGCUCGCCGACAUCCUGCUUCCUGUUUACAUCACCGAUGACAAACAGGAAGUCGUUGAGACGGGGCGUGACGAGCCGGACAGCUCGGCGCUCCUGGAGCAGCUGGAGGCCGGCGCUCCCUGCGUCCUGACCCUGCGCUGUGGCUCCGCCCCCUCCGCCCCGCCCGCCGCCAUCCGCAGCGUGCUGGUCGUCAGCGAGGCUCGGACCAUGGAGGUGUACGGCCCGACCGGAGACUACUGCGGCACGGGCCGGGGCGAGCGGGACGGCGGCCUCGAACCAGACAGCUCGGACAGAGGGCCGUUCUACAGGAAGCAGCUGAUCCUGGAGCAGCCGUCCACGUCCUGUGAAGUGAAGCUGCUGUCUCUGGGGGGCAGAAACAGUGUUUUGGUGCUCCGGGUGGUUCUGGGUCUGCAGCCCGCCCGGCCCGGCCCGGCUCGCGGCCCCGGCAUCGACCUGCAGCGGGUGCAGAGCCUGGUGGAGGAGAUGGGGACGGGCCUGUCCCCCGGAGCCCGGAGCCUCAUGGACAUGGUGCAGCUCCAGCAGCAGAACCAGGCGGGUUCCCUGGCCGGGUUCCUGCCUCUGCUGAUGGGCGGAGGAGUUCUUCCUGCUCGGUCCCGAGGAGCCGAGCCGGCGGGCCUGGGGCUGCAGAUUUCUCGCCAGCAUGCCGCCGCCGGGCCUGCAGACGGAGCUCAGAACGGAGCGCCGCGCUCAGACGAGUCCGACCCCGCCUCUCCGCCGCCACGCCCGAAUCCGCUGCGAUUCGACACCAACAGCGCAACGUCCGGUGAAGGCCCCGAAAGCUCCGCCCAGCUGGUGCAGAUGAUGUCACACUUCCUGAACGGGCACGGGCGUGGCCAGGCGUUGAGCUCCGCCCCCGAGCUCCUGCCCAUGCUCCAGAGGGUCUGCGGCCAGGUGACGCAGCUGAGACUGGACGACGCCGCCGAGAAGGGGAACGUGAACGGCGGCUGGGCUCUGGACCCGGCGAUGGAGCGCCGCCUGGAGCAGAUGGAGCGCAGCCUGAAGGAGCACAUUGACCGGCGGCUGGACGCGCUGGAGCGGCGGCUGGAGGCGGCCCUGCUGCUGCUGCCGGGGGGGGCGGCGCCCGCCGGAGCCGCGGAGAAGAUCCUCAGCGACCAGACGCCGGCCUGCACCGAGUCCACAAAGCCAGACGCCUGAAGAAACAUGAGGGUUAGGAGUUCCCCGCAGGCCGCCGUGCGCCCGGUCCCAGCAAGGAGGAGGCGGAACAACAUCCAAACUAUUUUAAUAUCAGUGUGUAACAGUUUGUGCUAACAGCUGCACGGUUCAUGUCUUCUCACAUCAGGUUUGAUUUUCCCUCUAAACAGAAAGUAAAUGCAUCACGGUUCAGCAGCCAGCUUUAAAAUCCCAGACUUUACCAGCGGCACCUGAAUGCAGCAGAGUAGUUGUGAUCAGUCGGCGUCGCCGUGCGAGGUGAUUUCUGUUCUGACUUGCAAAUCACGUUCACGUCAACAUCCGGCUGGUAGUCACGACAAGGAAUCUCAUUUUUUUUUUUCUGAAAGCUGCGAUUUAUCCGACCUGGAAAUGAACAUCACAGAGUAUCUGGGAAACGGCGGCGGUUCAAAGUCAACAAAUCCGAAAUGUAACACUACCUUUACCGCGCAUGAUGUUUUUAACCAACAGACUAACUUUGCCGUUCAUAAAACAUUUUUGUUAAAUUAACGGUUUAAGGAUAUGACCUUUGAAUUGAAUUGAAUUGUUAGCUUACUUGAAAACGGACCAAUGGGAAUCCUACUUACAGCAGAUGUAGCCCCGCCCCCUCCAGUGAUUUCAAACAGGGCACUGGUGCGUUCAGGCCGUACCAGUUAGUUUUAGAAAAUGGGAAAUGUCCAACUCCACUGCAGACUAUACACACCGGAGGCCAUUUCUCAGUUUUGAAAAUAACUGAGCUCAUGAGGUCACUGAAGGGGGCUUAAAAAACAAAAAAGGUCAGGAUUUUAAUCCCUCGUUGUUUUCUGUUGUGAACAGAAAUGAUUGUGCUGACGGACAGUAAAUAUUCAAACUGUUUUAUUCCUCAGCCUGAGAGGGAACAAAGUUGAAAAUAAUAUUUACUGAAGACUCACAGCCCGCCACGGGUUUGAUGACUGAACAGACAGGAAUGUCCCGGAGGAAGACUGUUGUUUUUGUUUUAUUUGGUUUUGUUUUGAACAAAAAUGAACCAACAGGUUUGUGCCUCCUUAUUGUGUGUACAACCCUCUGAAACCUGAGGAGAUCCACGUGAGCUCUUUUAUGAUUAGAUAUUUAAAAUAAAUUUACAAGAAAAUAUCCACAAAAUUUUGUAUAUAAAUAGCAAGAAAAUCACUAAAGAAGUUGCCACAAAAAGAAAGUAAAAAAAAAACAUACCAAAAGAAAAUAAAAUUGGCCAAACAA